AUGCCCGCCGUUACCACCACCCAAGAGUCCCAAGCCCAUCUCCGACCACGCACCACGUCUCCCUCUCCGAUAUUCAACCAGCCGCCACGAAAAUCCCACGAUCGAUCAUCCUUGACUAAUGCUUUUGUUUGGGCCAGCGAAGCUAACGGGGAGAACGGCCACGUCGACUCCUCCUCCGAAUUCUUCAUGACGAACUUCAAAGCCGGCAGUUUUCAGUCUCUCCCGCAUACAAACAAGUCCAUUGUAUCGUCACACGGCCUCGAGCGCUCCCAUUCGAGAAAUGGGAGCCUACUGUCUCUCGAGGCUGCCUCAGUGAGGGAGCACAAUAAAGCAGGCAAGGAUCAUGGGAAAUAUACCAUGACGAAUGGCACUGACACACAAAUCGACGCGGUGCCGAGCCCUCCUACCCCAAAUGGCAUCCACUCUACUCAAUCUCCCAGCGCCAAGCCGAUUGUUAAUGGAAAUAUAUCAUCUCCUGAUAGUUUCUCAGUGGAACCCACUCUAUCUACCUCUGUAUCUCCUACUACUGCUCCUGUCACCGCACCUAUCCCAAUCCCACAGCCAGACCAGACAGGAAACCGACAUUCGUCCCCUCCCGCCACACUGCAAACGGAUUUUGAGCAUUCCGCCUCACCUCCUAGCCCCCAUAGUCCGCGUCUGGCUCAUCGACAUACCCUCCAAGUUCCUAGAGCAUCAUCCGGAAGAAAACCCACACGAGACCCAUUUGGUACCAGCCCUUCGGAGGACAAUCUUACUACGAGUGAUCGGCUUUCCUCUACGUCUGGCCUUCGAAGAGGAUCUCUCAGCCUGGCCCGCCGAGCUCCAAGAUCUAUCCAAUCAGACCUCCAUCUUGACGACGGCGCUCCAGAAGAAGAGACUGCACGAUGGACGGAAGCCAUUAAACACAGGAGGGCGAGUAAGCGGAGAAAACGUGAUGACGAUGAUGACGAGCGUGUUAUCGUUGGGACGAAGGUUGAUCAGAACCAUGUCAAUUACGUCACUGCGUAUAACAUGUUGACCGGAAUUCGUUUCACUGUUUCAAGAACGAAUGCAAAAUUAGACCGCGAGCUCACAGAUGCUGAUUUUAACGCAAAACACAAGUUCUCCUUUGAUAUAACCGGUAACGAACUGACGCCAUCUGCAAAAUAUGACUUCAAAUUCAAGGAUUAUGCCCCGUGGGUCUUUCGUCACCUGCGGGCAAAGUUCCAACUCGACCCUGCCGACUAUCUGAUGUCGCUCACUAGCAAGUAUAUCCUAUCAGAACUCGGGUCGCCUGGGAAAAGUGGUAGUUUUUUCUACUUCUCUCGCGACUACAGAUAUAUCAUCAAGACAAUUCACCAUUCUGAGCAUAAGUUUCUUCGCCGCAUACUUCGAGACUACUAUGAGCACAUUGAGAACAACCCAAAUACUCUCAUCUCCCAGUUCUAUGGCUUACAUCGUGUCAAGAUGGCAUACGGCCGGAAGAUCCAUUUUGUUGUUAUGAAUAACCUCUUCCCUCCGCACAAAGAUAUUCACCAGAUGUUUGAUCUUAAAGGCUCUACUAUUGGUAGGGACUUUCGGGAAGAAGAUUUGGAAACCAACCCGAGAGCAACUUUGAAAGAUCUAAACUGGCUACGAAGGCAUCGUCACCUCGAACUGGGACCAAUGAAACGAGAUAUAUUUCUGGCGCAGUUGCGGAGAGAUGUUGCCUUGCUUCAGCGACUGAAAAUCAUGGACUACUCACUGCUCGUCGGUAUUCAUGAUGUCGAGAAGGGUAACGAGGAAAAGCUACGCGAUAAAACGUUGCAAGUUUUUCAACCUGGCGGUGAAGGUGUCGAAGAGCAGCCACCAAAUUUGCUGAUGAGAACUCCGUCAAGACUAGAGCAUGCACGAAAGGCCAGGGAAUUACGGGAAAUCAUUAAGCGAGAAAAGCCCGUCCCGAUGGAACAAACAACGGCCAGAAUGCCCGAUGAGAUACUUGAUGAACGAACAAAUCACGUCUUUUACUCCGACGAGGCUGGUUUGAGAUCGACCCAUGAAGAUGGAGUUCUUGGUAAUGAGAUUUAUUACCUUGGUGUAAUAGAUUGUCUGACUCAUUAUGGCAUGAUUAAAAAGCUGGAGCAUUUCUGGAAAGGCUUUUCUGGUAGAAAACUUUUGAUAUCAGCAAUUCCUCCAGUUGCAUAUGGUGAUCGUUUCAUCAACUUCAUUUCGAUGGUUACAAAAUCAAAGGAAGAGGCUGAAAGGGAAUUGCUUGAACAAAAAAGAGCACACCAGCAAGCAGCAGCUGAAAAUGUGGACGAAGAACAAACGGCUUCCCGAUCUCCUGGCGAGAUUGCUAUGGAGAUGGCGGAGAAGGAAGCUGAGAAAUCCUCAAAAACCCUUACCGAGCGACCAGAACCCGGAGAACGAGUUCUAACUACUGUUAGAGCCUCCGAUACCGAUAUGGCCGGCCCGUCGUCGCAAUCUACUCACUUGCCAAUUGUUGAAGAAGCCGGUGAAGCUAGUAGCACUGGGGGUAGAAGUGGCAAGAGUGGCAUCAAUCAUCAAGAGGAAGCCAAUGGGGUUGAAACGAAUGGUGUAUCGGACACAAGGCGGAGCGCUUUUCGCACCGACCUAACAUCACCUGGGCCGCCACCCGAUCGCCCAGCACCUCCUCCCAAAGUUGAUGGUUCUCCUCAGCGGCGAAACGGCAGUCCUAUGAAGAUGGCAUCGCGAGACAAAGAAUUGCCUCCGCCUCCUUUUGAUGCAUAUGCAUUUCCUCCUGCAAACACACCUCUCGCGUCGCAUCAACGCGCUUCAACCAAUGGAAUUUCCCGAUAG